AUGACGGGGAGUACUAAGGUUAAGAAAGUUGACGCCAGGCUCGGUGUCGAGACCAAUGGGUCUUCGACAGAGAUCGAAAACGGUCCUCCUGGUGAACGUAUAAAAACAAAGCUGAAACUAAAGGUUAAGAUUAAUGGAGAUGCUGAAAAAGUGGAGAAGGAGAUUGUGACGGAAACAGUCGAGAAGACAGUUGCUGCUAAGAAGGAACUGGAUCUUGGUGAAGAGACUGUGGUGGAGCCAGGUGAAGAAAGCGCGGAACUGAAACAGGAAGAUGAGGUAAACAGUAAAGAAGAGGCUUUAGAUGAGGAUGAAAAAGAGGAUCCUCGAGUAGCAGAUGAAGCAGAGCAAUUAGAGCCACCAGAGCAACUGGAGCAGGAACUGGAACAUCCACUAAACACAGACAACGAUGUUGAGAAAGUAGCUAAAACAACACAGAACAGUGAAAUUAGUUACGAAAACGACGAAAACAACGAAAACAACGAUAACGAUGUGAAAAAGACUAUACUGGCACACAAGUUUUUGGACGACUCUUCAGAACUCAGCGAGUUAGAUGACUCGGAAGCAGAGACGGAACGACUAGAUUUAGACCUGUUAGAGGAGGAAAUCAAUGGUCGUAGGCAUAGUCUGAACAGCGAUGAUAAUGACGAAGAUCGAGGACGUCACGGAGAUGAUGAAGAAGAAGAAAAGUCGGUAAUUGCGUCGUCACCUGCAUUGCGUGAAGUAGAGGACGAAGAUGACGACGAAGAUGGAGAAGACCAAGACACCCAGACUGGUCAUGAAGACCGUGAGAGCAGUGGUGACGUUGAGAUGGAUAUUUCGGCUGAUGCUCUUAGUGAUGGGAUUCAUGGUGAUAAUGGUGAAGAAAAUGAUGAUAGUGGUGAAGCCGAUGGCGAGUAUGAUGAUGAGAGUACACAUACUAGGAUGAAACUGCAGUCGAAAAAGAGGAGGUUCUCAGACCAGAAUUCACCAGAAACAAAGAAAAGAACAAAAGUGAUAGGUAACGAAGAUGAACAUGGUGGUGAUAUCGUUAAGGAUGGAGAAGCAGACGAAAUGGAUAUUGCUCAGGAGGAUCCUGUCAACAGCUCAAGCACAAGAAAUGGAUCAUAUUCGAGUUUACGGCAAGAGAAUGAGUUUGAUCAAAAGGAAUCUACAGACCAACUAAUAAAAGAGAGCCCUGAGAGUCAGUCGAAACUGAGCGGAGACGAAUCUGAGAACAAGAGUGGAAACAAAGUACACGGAUCAGACGCAACUGCGGUGAAUGGAUCGCGUGAAGAUGGACUCAAGAAGAAAAUUCAGGCAGUCAGUCAAACCAAUGGUAAUGACGAAGUUGUAGAUGGAGUAGCAAAGACUCUUGCCAAAGUUAAUGGCAAGGUCGAUUCAGAUGUCAAAGCAGAUAUAGAGGAAGAAGAUGGGUAUACCGGCGUCGAUGACGAACCUGCUGUUGAAGAUGCUGACGCUGAUGCCGACGCUGAUGCUGAUGCUGACGUUGACGCUGACGGCGAUGCUGACGGCGAUGGCGAUGGAGGUGCCGAAGCAGAUGCGGAUGUGGAUGCCGAAGCUGAUGCUGAAGACGAGCAAGAGCCAGAUGACUUAGCACAGAAACGACGUCAAGAGGCAGUAGCCCUGCUAACGGAGAUUGAAAUUGAUUUUGCCAAACUCCGCGACCAGUUGCACGAGGAUAAAAUGAGCCGGUACAUUGCCGAAAUAGAAAUGUGUGCUGAUGGCUCGCAUCCUGAACUGGAACACAUCUACGCACAAAUCGGGCACAUUCGGGAUGAGAAGAUCCGACUGGCUCAACACCGUCGCCGUUAUCAGAAGCAAUGCAUAUUCAGAGUGAGCACAGCCAUGCGAACCCAGGCCCACCAACAGUUUCUCAAAGACCAAGCCGACUCUCGCGUCAAACUGCUUCUUCGAACUACUGAAGAAUGGUAUAAAGUCAACCGAGAACGGCGAGCAAUGGACGCUCUUGUGCCUGAGUACACAUUCACCGUGCCAGACAGCCGGGGUACACAGAUCCGCCAGCGAAUGUCAUCGAACCAAGAAAUCGCCAUUCUCGACGGAGUCAGCAAAUACAUAGGAUUCCCAGCCGCGCCCGAAAUGAAGCCUGUCAACGACGAAGAGCUCCAGGAAGACCUCGAGGCACUUGGCAUCCCCAUCUAA